AUGGCGGCAUCUCUGUUCACAUACUCCUCAACCUCUCGAAGAGUGGUUCCUGCCCCAAACUCUCCUCCACUUCCAAUUCACAUCAAGGCAACCAAUGUCGUCUUCAACCCUGACAUUCCAGAGGUUCAUCGAGGUCUUGGACUCGAUGAUUUUGUCAAUUUCUUGGCUUCUUGCCGCCUCCGAUAUGCAAUCAGUGAUGUACCGUCCGAGUUCUUCCCUGAACAAGUAUGUGAGUUUUACUAUACUGCAACAGUUAAUGAAGAAAACAAUGCCAUCACCGGAACCAUUGGUCAUGGCAGACACUCUGUCUUCAUCACCGCAGAACUUCUCAGUGCUGCUUUAAGGUUACCAUUUUCGAACCCUUUUCUGAACCUCCAACUAUUGAAAGAUGUAAACGAAUGUUUGAUCAACUGGGCUAUGAUCAUUCAAAGGCUGUGUGUGGGCCACAAGUUUCGCAGUGGUGAUCAAUUGAGCAUUUAUGAGCAACAAGUCUUCUGCUUCCUUCUUCUCAACAAAAGAUUAGAUUAUGGGGCACUAUUCUUUGAUCAGCUUGUUCAGCUUCUUCGUGCAAAUGUGCGUGCUGAUCAUGUUCCCUUUCCACGCUGGAUUGCCCUGGUGUUCGACAAAUUCUUCACUGUUGACUACUUUUCUCACUCUGGGAAUCCAAUCCAAUGCCCUCGAAUGUCCGUUCGUAUGUAUCAGGAUGAUCCUUUGGAUACUGACAUUGGAAUCCUGAUAGGAUGA